UUUUUGUGAUUGUAACAAAAUUGUUAAGGCGGCAAAUUCAACUUAACAAUGAAAAAUAAUAGUUUAGUAACUAUAAGCUAUUAUGAAAGUUAUUUUUAUUUUCUUGUAUGGUUGUGUGCCAUCAUUUAUUCUGUAUAUCAAUUUUAUUUGGCAAACAAUUAUUUCAGUGAUUAUAAUGAUAUAUACAGUGAUUUUGAUUCAGGAUGGUCUUGGAUUGGAAAGAAACGAGACACUUCCGAUCAAGAGUGGCUUGUAUGGCUUACAUUAAUUAAUCAACCACAUCAGUAUUGGAAUUGUGAAAAGUUUUUAACAUUUAUGUUAAAUUUAAUUAGAUAUAUGUUCUGGUGUUUUUUUACUGAAUUGUUGUUACAUUUUAUUUAUGUAAAUGCUAUACAAUAUCAUUUACAGGUUUUACAAAAUUUGAAUUCUUGGGAACUAUUUGGUUUAGGAUAUUGCAUGGGACAAUUUUUUUUCAAUAAAUAUGUUGUAAUAUAUGGAACGUGCAGUAAUUUAUGUUAUUUGGAUGAUAUAAAAGCACCAUCACAACCUAAAUGCAUAGCUAGAAUACAUUUAUAUUCCGACAUGUGGAAACAUUUUGAUAGAGGAUUAUACAAAUUUCUAAUAAGAUAUAUCUAUGUUCCUAUACGAAAAUCAAAUAGAUGUUUUGGAAAACUAUUUGCAUCAUUUUUAUGUUUCACGUUUGUCUUUAUGUGGCAUGGGAUACAAAUGAAUAUCUUUAUUUGGGCACUGCUCAAUUUUAUAGGAAUAGUAAUUGAAGAUAUAGGAACAUCAAUUGGCAAAAGUAAACAAUAUUAUAAAAUGCAGAACACAUAUUUAUCUUCAAGAAAUACCAAGAGACUUCAUUGCAUACUGGCAAGUCCUCUUUUAGCAAUGUCAGCGAUAUCUAAUUUUUACUUUUUGGGUGGACAAGAUAUUGGAAAUAUCUUUACACAGAAAAUAAUACAUGGAACCUGGAAAAGUCUGUUUAUUCUACUUUUCCUUCUUUACUGCUGCUGUCAAGUUUCUGUAGAUAUUAAAAGAUGGGAAUUACGUCAUAUUAAAAGAUAAUAAAAUAUUUUUUUACAUCUA